UCAUUUUUUAAUAAUCACAAAGCAAAAGGAAAGAAACUCCCUCUCUGGAAAACUCUACUCUGUUUCUCUGUGAACCAAAACAACAGAAAAAGAAAAAAUGCAGAAGCAGCAAAAUCCAUUGGCACUGGAUUCCGACCCACAAUUGCCGCAAAUUAAAAUCCACCAUCCGACCUCCCCCCGCCACCACCCCUCCGCCGUAUCCACCGCAACCCCAACACCAACCGCCGGCGCACGCCGCAAAAUUGGCGUAGCCGUGGACCUCUCGGACGAGAGCGCCUACGCCGUCCGCUGGGCUGUCCAGCAAUAUAUCCGUCCCGGCGACGCCGUUAUCCUCCUCCACGUCAGCCCCACUAACGUCCUGUUUGGUGCCGACUGGGGCUCCAUCGACCUCGCCAUCAACACUGACCCAGCUUUAGACGACGAAGGCAUUACCACCACCGCUUCCAUCAACGACAGUUCUGGCGGUGGCAGUGGCGACCACAACAAGCGCAAGCUCGAAGACGAUUUCGAUGCAUUCACGGCGACAAAGGCCGCCGAUCUCGCUAAGCCUUUGCGUGAGGCACAAAUCCCUUUCAAGAUCCACAUCGUGAAGGACCAUGACAUGAAGGAGCGCCUCUGCCUCGAGGUCGAGCGCCUCGGUCUCAGUGCCGUCAUCAUGGGAAGCCGCGGAUUCGGUGCCGUGCGUCGCGGCAGCGAUGGGCGCCUUGGCAGCGUUAGCGACUAUUGCGUGCAUCACUGCAUUUGCCCCGUUGUUGUUGUCCGCUAUCCCGAAGAUAAGGACGGCGGCCUCGCGGCUGGUGCUAGAGCUGGGGAUGCCGUGGUGGCGAAGCAGGGUGGCGACGGCAAGGCUGUGAUCAAGCCUGUGACGGCGGUGCAGGAUCAUAAAAAAGAGCAUUAGCUGAAGCCAAGUUGUUGGCCAAGUCGUUGCUUCAAUCUUUUCACUGCAAGUGUGCUCUUAUGCGUUCCUUCGCCCCCUCUCUAUCAUCUGCAACUAUAAAGAAAAAGAAAGAAGCACAUAUAUUUUCUUGAUAUCAGUGGUCAAAUGGUAUCCCCUUGUACCAUGCUUCUUAUUGGGGUCAACAAUGCUUGUAUAUAAGUAUAUCAGAUGUUACAUUUUUUGAUUCUGUUUAAAAUUUUAAACUUUGUCAUGAGAUGCUUUCAUUAAUAUAUGUGUCUUGAUUUU